AUGGAAUCCUUACCUCUAGAAAUCUUCAACUGGAUUAUCUCCUACCUCCCACUAAAGGAUGCGGCAGGGUGCGCAAGCGUUUGUCGAGAUUGGCAGGCAAUCAUUGAGCGAGAAACAUUUGCUUCGCUAUGUUUGACCCCAUCUCGUCUCAGUGGAUUUCGCAAAACUCUCGGUUUCUCUGUUGAUUCAACUCACCUGCAAAGAAGACGCUCUUACGUCAAGCACAUUUUAUUCUAUGCCAUACUCCCGGAAUAUGAUGUGAGCAUGCCUGAGAUGCCAGAGGACAGGCUUCAAAACAACAAGGCCUAUACAUUGGCAAUCAAGUCCCUUUUUGAAACUUUGUCCCUUUGGCCAGACUCCGACAAUUGCGAGGUAUUGCUUGAACUCAGAGCCCAAUCUCCUAGUGACUGGGAUGCGGAGCCAGAUGAGCUGAAACGAAGGCGGCGUCUGAAGUCAGUGAUAUCUGGCAACACGGGCGACUUGCUAAAUAUCAGAUGGGCAGAUUCUUUUCUGGAUAUUGAUGGAGAAGCGGAAAAUCUCUGUCUGGCUCCUGUGGUUAAGCAUCUCGAUCUGCGCCCUGGAGGCUCAGUUACGGACCUUGACCAGACUCCCGGGGAACAUCGAAUGCUUUCCCAAGCAACUCAUUCAAAGAUAAUAUCUCGCCUACCACAGCUGCGAUCUGUAGUCAUGUAUCCAGAUGACGAUGAAAGAGAUGACCACGCUCAGCGCAAUAGUCUCCGUGAAGAAUUUGCGCUCAGCCUCUCAACAUGGCCUAGCUCUCUGAGGUCCCUAACAAUGGAAUACCCUGGCGAGCCACCAGAGAAUCAAAAUUUCCCGCCGCUCGUCCGCUCAAUUCCCGGAAAGGACGCAUUGAGUCUGGCUCUGAACGUUCUAAGUCAGCAGCUGGAGAGUAUCAAGCUUACUAUGAUGAUGACAUGUCCUGAAAUCCUCUGGCCACAAAGCACAACAACGCAGCCUUAUUGGCCCAGAUUAACGCAGUUUCAUUUGUCUUAUACAGUUGCUACACCAUCUGGGCAGUGGUUGUUUGAAAGGGACCCAAGAUGGAGAGACCAAACGCCAGAUAAAAUUACUUCAGAUGAAGGCAAUUCGGAUGACUCAGAGAACAACUCAGAGGAUGACCUAUCAGACCACUCUUCAGAUCACAUUUCGGAUGACUCGUCGGAUGGUUCUUCGGAUAAUGCUUCGGAUGACGCUUCGGAUGAUUCUUCAGAUGACGCCUCGGAUGACUCUUUAAAUGCCCUUCUCGACUACUUCAGGGAUGACCCUGGUGAUGAGGGUUUGGAUGAUGAAUCGCAUGAGAUAGCUGAUGGUUUUCUUCCGCCGCAGGAUGCUGAUCCCAAUUUGUUUCGCACCAAGCCCCUUAACAUCCUCAACAACCUUUAUUUAGCAGCUGGACGUGCAGCACGUCAAAUGCCUCAGCUCAAGCUAAUGAAGCUUGAAGCUUGCAUUGACUUUGAUGAGGGCCUGAACCAUGUCAUCACGCGGGGUGACCCCCUCCACGGCUUCCGAUAUCAUAGACCAAGUGGGGUGGCGAGCUGGGUUAGCACAUCUGAGUUUCACGUAACGAAAGAAGUACGCGAUGUUUGGGACGCAGCUGCGAAAGGUCACGGCCACCGUGCAAUAAUCAUCGAGAAUCUCGGCUUCCCCAAAAGUCAACCCGAUUUCAAUGAUCCUCGCGUCUUUGAUCAGAGUUUUAGAGAAAAAGCGGAGGUUUUCUCAUGGGACUGA